AUGCCGCUGCAAGACGACACUCUCCGGGAGGUGUGGGCCUCGGACAGCGGGCAUGAGGAAGAAGGCGGGAGUCCGGAGGUCCAGCGGCGCCCGAAGCAGCGACCUGCCCGGGGACAGAAGUUGAAGAAGAAAAGGACAGAGGCCCCUGAGUCCCCCUGCCCUACGGGAUCCAAGCCCAAGAGACCUGGAGCCGGGCGGAGGGCGAGGCCGCGGGAGGAGCCCGCCCCGGAGCCGGGUGAGGCCGGGACGCCACAGACGGUCUACUCCAGGUUCCUCAGGGACCCCGAGGCCAAGAAGCGCGACCCCCGGGACACCUUUCUGGUAGCCCGUGCCCCCGGCGCCGGGGACGAGGAUGAGGAAGAGGAAGAAGGGGACCACGAAGGUGAAGAGGAAGAGGAGGAGGAGGAAAAGAAAGUGAAAGUCCCCCCCAAGAAGCCCCCUAAAGAGAAGGCUUCUGCAGACAUCAGGGAGAGGAGGGCCAAGGCCCAGGGUCCGAACGGAGACCUGGGAAGCCCUGUUCCCCCACUGAAACCUCUUCGAAUUAAGAAGAAGGAGGCACCAGCAGGGGAAGGGACCAAGAUGAAAAAGACAAAGAAGAAAGGGUCUGGGGAGGCUGACAAGGACUCCUCAGUGAGCCCGGCCAGAGUGCGGAAGAAGAUCCCAGCAGCCAUGUUUCUGGUUGGGGAAGAUGGCCCAGCUGAGAAAGCUGUGAAGAAGAAAGGUAUUCCCAAAGGCUCAGAAGAGGAAAGGAAGGAGGACGAGGACGAGGAGAAAGAGGAGGCAGCUGUGGUGACCAAGAACAGCAAUCAGAAGGGCAAAGCAAAAGGAAAAGGCAAAAAGAAGGAGGAGAGGGCUCCAUCCCCACCUGUGGAAGUGGACGAACCUCGGGAGUUUGUGCUUCGGCCUGCCCCCCAGGGCCGGACGGUGCGCUGCCGGCUGACCCGGGACAAGAAGGGUAUGGAUCGGGGCCUGUAUCCCUCCUACUUCCUGCACUUGGACACCGAGAAAAAGGUGUUCCUCUUAGCUGGCAGGAAACGGAAACGGAGCAAGACAGCCAACUACCUCAUCUCCAGCGACCCUACCAACCUGUCCCGAGGAGGAGAGAAUUUUAUUGGGAAGCUGAGGUCCAACCUCCUGGGGAACCGCUUCACGGUGUUUGACAAUGGGCAGAACCCUCACCGUGGAGGAGGCAACGCCGACCUGGGAAGCCUUCGGCAGGAGCUGGCAGCUGUGAUCUAUGAAACCAACGUGCUGGGCUUCCGAGGUCCCCGGCGCAUGACAGUCAUCAUUCCUGGCAUGAAUGCGGACAACGAAAGGGUCCCCAUCCGGCCCAGAAAUGCCAGUGAUGGACUACUAGUACGCUGGCAGAACAAGACACUGGAGAGCCUCAUCGAGCUGCACAACAAGCCACCUGUCUGGAAUGAAGACAGUGGCUCCUACACCCUCAAUUUCCAAGGCCGAGUUACUCAGGCUUCAGUCAAGAACUUCCAGAUUGUCCAUGCUGAUGACCAGGACUAUAUAGUGCUGCAGUUCGGCCGCGUAGCGGAGGAUGCCUUCACUCUAGACUACCGGUACCCGCUGUGUGCCCUGCAGGCCUUUGCCAUCGCCCUCUCCAGUUUCGACGGGAAGCUGGCCUGCGAGUGACCCCAGCAGCCCCCAACACUCCCAGAGCCCACCAAGGUCCGGGAAAGGAUUCAAUGGAGGCUUGCAAGGUCACUUCA